CAGAACGAGAAGGGAAGGCCAGGGAAGGUCAGGGACGGCCAGAAACAGAAGGGACGAGGGCAUUGCAUUGCACGGGUUGGCAAUCGGCAGGAGCGAAGGAGCGAGCGAGCGAGCUUGCAUUUGUGGCAGCAGGAGAUCGAGUGAGGAGGUGCGCGAGUUGGCAGGCACAAUGACGGAAGUUACGAUCAGAAACCAAAGGGGCAUGACCUCCGUCAAGGAGAUGCCCAUCUUGCAGGAUGGUCCUCCUCCCGGCGGAUUUCCUGCUGUGCGCUAUGCUCGUCGGAUCCCCAACUCGGGGCCGGGCGGAGCUGCCGUAUUCCUCGUUUCUUCCCUCGUUAUUGGUUUCGGAUUUUACCAAGUUGGUCAGGGGAACAUUCAUCGGCGUGCCAUGAAAGCGGAAAAAAUUGCAGCUCGUCAGGCCAUUUUACCUCUGAUCCAAGCAGAGGAAGACGCAAGGUUUGUAAAAGAGCGUAGGAAACAACUGGAAGAAGAGAAGGCGCUGAUGGCUCAUGUUCCUGGAUGGAAAGUGGGCGAAAAUGUUUACUCCACAGGAAGAUGGAUGCCUCCAGCAACAGGAAAGAUGAUGGCAGAACUGACCUGAGUAUUGGGAAUGAGAAAAAAAUUUAGCAUUUCAAUGCUUCUCUGUUUCAACGCUGGUCCCUUGAUUUUGCCCAUAGUUCUCAUCAGCACAUGACAAGAUGGUGGUGGAUAAUGUCUUCCUCUACACAUUUUGAAUCGGAGAGUGAGCCACACAAAGUGGAUCUAUCUCCCAUAAGAAAUUUACAGGCAAGAGUGCUGAAGGGAUGUUUUAGAUUUCUUCCCGCGGAAACCAUCAUUACUCAGAGAGCGUGGUUUAAAUUCUCGUCAAGCCCAUGAUCUCAAACUUGUGCUCAUCUGGUCUGUUCAGUUGAUGUUAGUAUUGCACAGUGACCGCCGAGUCAGUUGCACGUCUUAGAUUCCUCGAGAACAAACUCAUUUCAUGACUCGAAGGUUUCUUCCGCUAGAACUCCCGCUUAUAGCCACGUCUUUCAGUGAGAAACCUUAUUUUUAAAGGUGGCUUAUUAGGCAAUAAAGCGCUUAUUCGAGUAUGGUAACGAU